AUGACUAGAACCCAAAAAUGGACUCAACAUGAAGCUAGACCAGACCCAAAAUAUUUCACCCAUGCUGGGAAUUUUGGUGAAUCUCCCAACAAUGUGAAGAAACAAGGUUCUGGGAAAGGUAACUGGGGGAAAGCUGGCGAUGAGAUCAAUGAUCUUAUUGAUUCCGGCGAAAUUCAACAAGUCUUCAAUAAACAAAGACGUGGUUCCAACAAUCAAACUAACGAAAAAAAGUUUGAAGGUAUUCAGCAUUAUCAGGUUUAA